CAAGUAGGUCCUGUCUCUGGCAGGCUGUACCAAACUCUUGAGGGCGGGCUCCCAAGCACGGUCGACGAAAUCCCUAUCUGCUUCUGGCAUUCUCUCUGUCUGUUUCCACAGGUCUGACUGUGUUCUGAGCCCAUCAGAAUGGCUGACCACACUUCUCCAGAUUACUUCAGCUGCUCCCUGUGCCUGAACCUACUGAGGGAUCCUGUGGCUAUUCCCUGUGGCCACAGUUUCUGUAUGGACUGCAUCAGUGGCUACUGGAAUGAGGCUGACUACACAGGGAUCUACAUUUGUCCCCAGUGUAAGAUCACAUUCACCCAGAGGCCUGUGCUGCGGCCCAACGCCACUCUGAGCAUGGUGGCUGAGAAGAUCAAGAAGAGCGGUCUGAACCUCAACCUCAACAUGUCCCAGGGGAAUAUCUACGCUGGAUCAAGCGAUGUCCCCUGUGACUUCUGUACUGGGAAGAAAUUAAAGGCUGUGAAGUCCUGUCUGAACUGUCUGGCGUCCUACUGCGAGAAGCACCUGAAGCCUCACUAUGAAUCAGCCACAUUCAAAAGGCACAAGCUGGUGGAUGAGCUGGGAAACCUGGACAGGAAGAUCUGCCCGCAGCACCAGAAGUCCCUGGAGCUCUUCUGUCGAACAGACCAGAUGUGUAUCUGUGCUAUCUGCACAGUCAGUGAGCACAGGGGCCAUGACAUCGUCUCUGCUGAGGCAGAGAGGGGUGAGAAACAGAAACUGCUGGGAGUCUCCCAAGCUGAGAUUAGACAAAAAUGCCAGGAGAGGGUGAAGGAGCUGGAGGAACUGAAGACUGCAGUGGAUUCACUGAAGAAUUCCGCCCAGAGAGCCAUGGUGGAGAGCCAGAAGAUGUUUGAGGACAUGAUCCGCUCCAUUGAGAGGAUGAGGUCAGAGGUGAGCAAGCUGAUUGGUAUCAACGAGAAGGCUGCUUUCAACCAGGCCGAGGCUUUGAUCGAGCGACUGGAACAAGAGAUCGAUGAACUGAAGAAAAAGGAGACAGGGCUCAAGCAGUUGUACAGCACCGAGGACCACAUCCACUUUUUGCAGAACUUCAACUACCUCUGCACUCCCACUGAUGACGGCUUCAUACCCAGAGUCAUGGUUAAUCCUGACUUUUCCUUUGGGGCUGUGAGAAAAGCUGUGGCUGAGAUCAAGGAACGCCUCGAGGAGUUUGGCAGAGAGGAGCUGCUUAAGGUCUCCAAGUCAGUGAAUGAGGUCCCAGUCUACACCACAGAAAGUCGCACAUUGGACAGACGGAGCAGAGGCAAAGAAAUGACAGUGGACAACACUCCUCCUCCUGAGCCAAGGAGCAGAGCAGAUUUUGUCAAAUACUUCUGCCAGCUGAAAUUAGACCCUAGCACAGCCUACAAGGAGCUGUUCAUCUCUGAAAACAGCAGAAAAGUCAUCCGCACCAGGGAACUGCAGCCCUACGGGGACAAUGCAGAGCGGUUUGACAGCUUCGCCCAGGUGUUGUGCCGGGAGGCCCUGUCUGGAGGCCGCUUCUACUGGGAGAUCGAGUGGAGUGGGGAGUUCUCCAUUGGAGUGGCUUACAAGAGCAUCAGCCGAAAGGGCAAAGGCUCACUAUGUCUUCUGGGCUACAACGACAAGUCCUGGAGUCUCCUCUGUUCUGACUCGGGGUACUCUGCCUGGCACAACCGGGUGGACAAAGCCAUCAACGGCCCUCACUCUCCCAGAAUAGGUGUGUACCUGGACCACACUGCAGGUGUGCUGGCAUUUUACAGUAUAGGCAGCACCAUGACCCUCCUGCACAGGUUUGAGACCACAUUUGUUGAGCCGCUCUAUGCAGGCUUCGGAGUUGGAACCUCAGUGAAGAUCUGCAAUGUCAAGUGAUCGUCAAUAUUUGAGCUUUCAUUUGAAAAUCUGAAUAUAUUUUCCAUUUGUUUCUUUGACUAUAUAGCAACGCCUUUGGAAUAUAUAGUUUUUCAAAAAUUCCGAAACUGUACCAAACCACAUAAAUGAAGUGUAAUUGCUUAUUUUUUUUAGAAAAAUGUUCACUUCCAAAUGUGUAUAUACUUUUUUAACCCUAAACAUUACAUAUUCCAUUUUGCAUUCUUCUGUCAAAUCACAUUUUCUAAGACCUUACUGAAAUACAUAAUUACUACAUAAUCACACAAGUACAAUAUAAAGAAAAGUGUUAUCCCUUUUAGCAUCUGAUAAGAACUGCUGGAUAAUAUUAUAACAUAUCAGUAUGUAAUAAAUGUUGCUGUCAAUAAGCUAAAUCUAGAUCUAGAAUCAGCUAUUCCUUCAUUAAGAGUAUUAUAAGUGACGAUCUAAUUAUAAUUAAUAAUGAAUGUACCCUGAGAUUGCAUGAUGAAUUAAAAAUAUAUUGUACUCUUGUAUGAGUAUUACAACAAUGUUCCUGUUGGUGCAUUAGCAGGUAUCAUGGUUUCAGUACAUUCAGUAUUUCACAGUCAUUUCAUUUUGUCAUGUUUUGAUAUUAUCUGUUGCCGUAUCAGUUGCUGAGAGUCCUUCCAGUUUGUUUUUUCACUUGAACUAACCCUUAUUUAAUGUUUACUUAUAUAAUGGCCAACCAGAGUAUAACUGAAAACACUUGUUUUGUAACAAAAUGAUUCAUUGAUAGUUCUAAAUAAAGAGCUAAAUAAAUGAA